AUGAAAACCAUAAACUUCAUCACCGGCAACAAGAACAAACUGGGCGAAGUCCAAGCAAUACUUGGUGACGCAAUAGAAGUGCAGAACAAAGCUGUUGAUCUACCUGAGCUUCAAGGCACCAUCGAAGAGAUUGCGCGCGAGAAAUGCCGGAAUGCAGCCAAAGAAAUCAAUGGACCAGUUCUCACUGAAGAUACGGCAUUGGAGUUUAACGCAAUGGGCGGUAUGCCGGGGCCAUAUAUUAAAUGGUUCCUUGAGAAGUUAGGCCACGAGGGCCUGAAUAAGAUGCUCCACGGCUUUGAAGAUAGAUCUGCAGUCGCCGUUUGCACAUUCGCAUUUGCUGCAGGACCGGGAGAGGAGCCAAUUCUAUUUCAAGGGCGGACUGAUGUGUGUUACUAA